GAACGCGAUGAAAAUACAACGCUUUCAAUAAUGGUCGUCUAAAACAUCUUCAGACGAAGGACAAGAGAGACGAUUGGAUCGAUUCUGAGGUAAGGAGUUGAAUGCCGCUACAAGCAUGUUUCUUAAGUUCUUCUCAUGGAGACAAUUCGCCAAACCUCCCGCUUAUAUGAUUAGUUCUACCCAUGAACAUCAUCAUCCAGGAGUGAUUUUCCAGGCCCCGUGGAGAGGACCCUUGAGCUGUGUAUUUUGCUCAGCUUAUUUUUCAUAAUGGUCAGUAUUUGAAAUACUGUAACUCUUUUUCAAGAUUUCCAGUAUUCUAGUGUUUAUAAUCAAUGUCUUCAUAGGAAAUAUAGGAUCAUUUUCAUUUUAAACUUCAGAGCUACUUAAGCUUUGUGUAAUACAGUUUCAAGCAGAAAAGUCAAAUACAGGUAUCACUCUUUUUGACUUAUUUAAAAUGUUUGUAGGUUUGAUUUUUUGGGGGAAAAAUCGUGGAACAAAGAUUGUGAAACCUUUGCUUGGCCGUUUGCCUUUUUGUACUGAUAUUUUGAGGCCUUGUUUGAAGCGAUUUUGCUUCUUCGGCGGCUACCGGUUAGAGAACAGCAGUUCGGCAGUACGGUAUCCCUUCAGCAAAGUUCCAAAUAAAUGUACCAAAGGCGAACGAAAAAGUGUCCGAAUGUUACAAAUCUCCACUACGACGUCUGACACUUACAUUUAAAUUCAAAUUUCAAAUUCAUUGAGCUUUAGUAUGGAGGUAAAUUUUGGUGAAAAAAACAACUACAAUGGAAAUGUCAUACAUUUAUAAUUACGGCAAAAAAAUGUAUGAGUGUGUGUGUGUGUGUGUGUGUGUGUGUGUGUGUGUGUGUGUGUGUGUGUGUGUGUGUGUGUGUGUGCGUGCGUGUGCGUGUGCGUGUGUGUGUGUGUAUAUCUACAUAUAUAUUGCGCGUCGUCCCGCACGCGGUCUGUCCUUCCGUCUGUCCCUUUUCAAAACGUACCUACUUCACCGCGCCCCCACUGCGCCGCUCAGGCAGUGGCUCAGUACGAUCGCGCGGGCAUCUUAGCGAAAAAAUGUUGUCUACCCACAAGCAUUGCAAUGAAAUUGUUAGUUAUUUAGUAGAGCUAAACAUCUCUUUAUUUUCGCGAUAAGCAAUGAAGAUGAACAAAAAGUUGAACCAAGCAACAACACUUUUGUGGGCCGAAGGCCCACCUUACCAGCCUUCCGCAGAAACUAGCUGAUGAGCCGCCCGGAGGGCGGCGAACCAACUAGUGUGUGUGUGUGUGUGUGUGUGUGUGUGUGUGUGUGUGUGUGUGUGUGUGUGUGUGUGUGUAUAUAUAUAUAUAUAUAUAUAUAUAGGAGUGAUAUAUUGCGUUUAUUAAAUUAUGACGGAAGUGACGCAACAGCGCACGGUAUGGCACCAGCUUCCCGUCGUAGUUCAGGCAGAGCUACCAGGGAAGUCACAGGUUAUUUUCUAGACUGAAAAGCCCCGUGACUUCACCUAUCUUGCCAUACUGUGUUGCAGGAAUGAAAUGGAAAUUCGGACAAAAUGACCGGAGCGGUCAGCAGAGUUCAACUCCAGCUCUGUGCGAAAGCGAUGCUGAACCUAAAACAACCACAAGAUGGCGGCGUUUUACUGUUUUUGAGCACAAGGCUGCACUGUCCUCUGUCUUUAAACAAUAAAAACUUGCUAUGGGACCUACAUAUUUAAUUAAUAAUCUAAACAUGUUCGUUGCAAGUGUGAUUCGUCAAUGAUUUGAAAAAAAAAAUCCGUCUGAAAAAGAAAUGAGUGAUCUCCAUUAAAAAUCGCUUAAUGCAUUAAAUAUUCCAAGUACGCCACUGAUAUACUCAAAUUGAGUCCAACAAUAAAUUACUGAAUAGAAAAGGAGGCUAAGGGGACAUAUUCAUUCGGUGCAAUUCUAACAGUGAGCCAGCCCGCCAUGGCAGAGGCCUCAAGUCAUACUUUUCUUCUUUUUUUUUUUUUAAGGCUGAUGUAUCCUGCGUUUGAAGCGCAAUGACCAGUGAAGGGAACAACAAAAGGGAGAGGCGACACCGUGGACAAACAAUGCAUCCUAACAUUUACAAACUCAAAACAAAGCAGAGUUUAUGCUUUUCAGUUUUGCAAACUUUGUGAGUGGUAGUGUUUAGAAAUUGUGCCACAACAAGCACUGUUUGAGUUAAAGCAUUCAGGGGACAAAAACUGAAUCGGUGGUGCCACGGUGUCCCACCCAAAACGCCAGGUAGCGCUGUGGAGCAGAUGUGGCGUAACUUGAACGGUGCUACUGGUUUUGGGUCACUUUGAUCUACUGGGCAUCAUCGUAGUUGGCUUGUGCGCAGUCACACUUUUCAUAGCUCCCCCCACCUUUGGCAGUCAGACCAGCCCGGAGAAAAUCUUACUCUGAAUGCCCCGAGCCGCUCCAUGAGUUUAAGUCCCAUACAUUGAUCUGCAAUUCUGCAUCAUGUCCAGCGGUUUGUUCGUGAAAAACGUGGAGUCACUGAGCCUCGAUUCGGGCAUCGCGGCUCGAUAUCCUUGCCGUUCCCUCAGGCGGUCUUCCUUUGAUAGGCUGAGUCAGAAUCAGCAGGGUCACACCGUCUCCUUGUCCAGCAGAAACGGAAGUUGGGACACGCUGAGCACGCUUCCAGAAGAUGCGACGGACUGGGUGGCCAAAUGUCCCAUCCUACCCGAACUUGAAGAGUAUCCAUGGACCGAGCAGGAGCUGAGAGAAGUCGUGCAGAAGGCAAUCGGUUCGGAUGAUGCGUUCACCGCAGAAGCAGUCCGCCGACUUUCCGUGCUGCUCGGGAGGGCUUUGGUGCGGAUCUCCAGAGAAGCACAGCGGCUGAGUGAUCUCCACAAACGAUGCACACGGCAGGAGGUGCAGAGCGCCGUGAGACUGGUCCUGAGCUGGACUUUGGCCGACAAGUGCAUUUUCUCCGCGGUGAGGGCGGUGUCCCUGCACUGCAUGAGCUCCUGGGAUACCGUGCGUCAGCUUGGCAAAUCCGCGCGGUGCGGGUUGUCCCUCUCGGUGGCUCGCUUCUUCAGAUGGAUGGUCGAAACGCGCGUGUCGGUGCGCGUACACGACUUCGCCGCUGUCUACCUGACGACAUGUGUUGAACGUUUAGCGGAGGAAGUCGCGGGUCGUGCGUUGCAGGCAGCCGGGUUCACCCCCACAUUGAGUGAUGAGAGGGCCGGCAGCAUCACCUGCUAUCCGAUCACCGCCGAGAUGUUGGAAGCGUCCGUCAACAACGACACGGAGCUGUGGGGGCUGCUCCAGGUCUACGAACAUCUCAUCUGUGGCAAAAAUGCAAAUGGUGAGAUGUCAUGGCCAGCUCAUGUCAAGCAUUCCAAAAUCGUUCCUGAGGUAUCGCUGGAGAGCCAGGAAGACACAUAUAUUCAGAUGGAGCUGCGGAUGUUGCAACACGCCCUGCUUGUCACCUGUGUGGGCAGCAUUGCAGAACUCAGUGAUCUGGUAUCUAGAGCGAUGCACCACAUGCAUCGUCUGCGAAGUUCGACUUCUUCCAUCAGUCCUCCUCGCUCAGCCAAUCAACGCUCAGUGUGCUGGGCUGCUGAUUCCCUUCGCACACUCUACUACUUCCUGUCCAGCCAGCAGAUGGAAUCACUGGAAAAUCCAAAUGUCGAACUUCCAAUGACGAUGUUGAGAAGAGAGAGGCCAUUUUUGCUGCGUCCACCGCUCAUUGAGUGGAUUCGUGUGGCUCUGGUGCAUGCUGAACAUCGUUGCAGCCAGAUAGUGGACAGCGAGGAUGUCAGACAGACAGCCCGGCAGCUUCUACCUGGAUUGGACUGUGAACCAAGACAGCUUAAGUUGGAGUAUUGUUUACAGUCAUUUAAGUGUCUAGGUGCAGAAGCGGCUUCCAUGAAGUUCCAGAUGGAUCUAGGCUUUAAAAUGCUGUCGUGUGGCAGAGCAGAUCUCAUCCACACAGCCACACAGCUUCUGGGAGCUCAGGGAGUUGAUACCAUGGAUGAUCAGGGAAUGACUCCUUUGAUGUAUGCUGCUUCUGGUGGAGACGAAGCUCUGGUGCAGAUGCUCAUAAAUGCUGGGGCUAACUUGGAUUUGCAGGUCCCCAGCUGCUCUGUCAGAAACCCAUCUGUCCACCCCGGCAGUCGACACUGGGUAGCUCUAACUUUUGCUGUGCUGCACAGUCACCUGUCUGUCACUCAGCUAUUGCUGGAGGCCGGAGCCGAUGUGGAGGGUGGAGUCCUGUUGGAUGGGAGGGAGAACUCUGCUGAGACGCCGCUGCAGCUUGCUGCUGCUGCAGGUCACUAUGAGAUGGUGAGUUUAUUGCUCAACCAUGGAGCUGAUCCUUUGCUCAGAGUGCAUCACGGGAGCUCUUUACCAUCACCUCUGUAUGAGGAGAUGAACUGCUUCAGCUAUGCGGCUGCACACGGACACCGAAACGUUUUGAGAAGACUGCUGCUCCAACCACAGCAGAGGAAGGAGGACAUCCUUUCUCUGGAGGAGAUCCUCGCUGAAGGAGUGGAGGAGACACCCAUUCCAAUGGGGUCUCCUGUUUCCGACUGCUCAAAAGCCAUCCCGAAACUAUGUAAGACCAGGAUGAAAGCCCUUCAGCAAGCAGCAUACUACAGUGCAGAGCAUGGUUACCUGGACAUUACCAUGGAGCUACGAGCAAUGGGUGUGCCUUGGAGGCUUCACAUCUGGCUGGAGUCCCUCCGCAGAGCUCAGCAACUGUCCCGGGACGAAGUCAUCAUCUCUCUGCUCACAGAAUUCCGCUCCAUAAGAAGCGAGGACUACACCCCUGAACUGGUGUCAAAGGGCAUUCAGCUCAUGUUCAACAUGCUUGAAAACAGUAAGGACUAUGUUAUAACCAAAAGGCUGGCGUCUGUUAUUUCUCAUUGCUAUGGCUUUUCCGCUGUUCCUGCGAUCCCACCGAUUGAUGUCACACAGUCAACACAACUUGAUCUUCAUUUCCUGAAUAACCGUGAAAUGUCUGAUGUAACGUUCAUGGUGAACGGACGCCCAUUCUUUGCUCACCGGGUGUUGUUGAUGUCGGUUUCGGAACACUUCCGACAAAUUCUGAGCAACUCCCUUGACAACGUCAUCCACGUCAGUCACAUUACCUACAGCAUUUUUCAGACAAUGAUGAGAUUUCUCUAUUGUGGCGGGACCGAGGGGCUGACUGUCUCACUUUCCGAAGCCAGGAAGCUGUUGCCUGCUGCCAGGUUCUUCCAGCUUACAGGUCUGCAGAAAUGCUGUGAGAUAAAGCUGUCGCAAAGCCUGACUUUGGAUAAUGCUGUUGACAUCUACAACACCAGCAAGUUCCACAGAGCGGAUGACCUGUACAGGUUUUGUGAAGGAUUCUUCCUAAAGAACAUGGAGCAGCUACUGAGCAGGGAGGACUUCCAUCGCCUGCUGUUCUGUGCGAGUGCUCAGGAGCAGUUCUGCACAAGGACGGGCAAGUGGUAUAGUCUGGGACUGGACCAGAACCAGACUGGCCUCCUUAAGAAUCUGGAGGCAGCACUGAUUAAUAGACUUUACGUUCUCCAUACUAGUUGUCGCGAGUAAAACCAUCAUGUUCUUGAACAUACCAUAUCUUAUGGGAAAACGAACUGGCGAGAUGAUGCAUGAAUGUGAUUCUACUUACGCUUGGGAUAUACAGUAUAUUUUUCUUACUCUCUUCACAACUUUUUAUCUCACCAUUUAAUGUUGAUCCCUGUCAGGCUGGUCUUUUGUUAUAGAAUAAAAAUUGAAAACAAUACACCUAUUCUAUGUACUGCCUAUCCUCACUCGGGUUGCAAGGGUGCAGUAGCCUAUCCAAGGACACUUUGGCUGAGAGACAGGGCACAUCCUGGACUGGUCGCCAGCCAGGCGCAGGGCACAUAUAGACAAA